UCCGUGCAUGGCACGGUAAGUGAAGUUAGCAACCCACCAACAAUUACAUUCCUAACAUAAUUUGCACGUACUUGCCAUAGCGCAUCACGUGCCCGUGCAGAACACGCACUCCGAACUCCCGCGCCCCGGCACGGGACCACGCGGAGCAUGCGCAUUACUCCGGCUCUCGAUGCUGUUUCUUCUUCAUCCUUGCUGCGCCAACAGUCAGAUCGCUUGACAACCUUGGCCAGUUUUUGAGCAGUUUUUGUUUGAGCUUGAGCAUUUUUGAGCAUUGAGCACUCUCCAUUUCCGAGCAACCAUGUCUGAAUCUCUGUCAAUGAACGACGCCAAGAAAAUGCGCUCUGUAGAGCUGCGACAAGAACUGGCGGCCCGCAAUUUAGACACGACGGGGACCAAACCCAGGCUGCUGACUCGCCUGCUCGAGUCAUUGGAGUUCACUGCAGCGCGCGAGGACUUGGCCACUCAGGCAGCCGAGCAGAACCUACCCCAGGCAACUGCUGCACCGUCCCUGAGGGACAUUAUCCGGGAGGAAGUCCGUGCUGCCCUUGGAAAUCAGGCCGCAGCUCCAGCCCCGCCGGCAGCUCGCACAGCGGCACCCCCACCGCCAGCUCACGCAGCGGCACUCCCACGGCAAGCACCAGCACCUCCGCAGGACGCUCUGCCUGCUCCGCAUUUGGCGGCUGCCGUCUCACCGCCAAUGAACCCCGCAGGUACGGCGCUUCCGGACCCUCAACCCAACUGCCGACGCAGCGCCUACACCACCAGCGCAGUCCACCCUCCAUCAGUUGAUGACGCAGCCAUGGAGCUCAUCCGUCACGGCCUGGCAGACAGCCCCAGCGCGACGUACGCUUCAGUGCAGCGUUCCUACGAACGCUUUGCUGCCCUACGGCAGGUCGCGCCGUACCCGGUGACGGAGCCCAGCCUGAUUAACUUUCUGAAUUGGAAAUUCUCGUCCGGCUCGUCUGGCUCGUCUCAGAAACUCUACACCCAGGUGCUGAAGACCGCCGGCAGGUGGCAAAGCUCGGCCUACCUCCGCUUUGUCCGCACCCCUGUCGCAGACAGAGCAUUGCCAGCGGCAUCGUUCUAGUCUCUGCCCGUUAUGCUAAUGGGUAGCCGCAUUGGACGGCCCUAGCAACAGCGGUAGUGUACAUAUGAUAUACCUAUUAUACUAUAACUAUAGUAACGCUACUAUAACUAUAGUAAUGCCGAUAAUUCCUGUUUGGGUCAUGUUGUAUUUUUGGGAGAACGGUAGGGAUCGUGGGUCAGGCCGGCAUUGAGCCAAGUGCGCCUACAUGUGCUCACAAGUGCAUCCCUACCGUAUGCGUGUAUUGACACGCCGGGCAAUUGUUGCCCCCAUUAGCCCUGGCAUUGGCCAGUCUAACGCACAUUGGUGCUUGCGAUACUACGGCAUUGGUCCAUAGUAUUGCAUACUGCAUGCGGCAAUUGUUGCCUGCGAUACUACGGCAUUGGUCCAUAGUAUUGCAUACUGCAUGCGGCAAUUGUUGCCUGCGAUACUACGGCAUUGGUCCAUAGUAUUGCAUACUGCAUGCGGCAAUUGUUGCCUAUGCCCUGAUAAUACAACGCGUAAUAGCUCCCAAACAGGUCGGCUUGUGUGGUUGUUAAUAGUACAUUAAAGGGGAAGUUAAGGCAAAAAUCAAAUUUUCACCAGUUGUAGU